AUGUCUCUUACAAACAUCGCGCUUUUCGGCGCCAAUGGUCAGGUCGGCAGAUUUAUCUUGAAAGCUCUGGUGGACUGCAAGAAGAAGGACUUUAAUGUCCUAGUCGUCACAUCGCCUUCAGCACCUGAGCCGUAUGGAGCAGACAAAGAGAAUGUCACCUGGAAAACUAUGGACCUCUUCAACACUUCCAGACAAGAGAUGGCACAGACGCUCAAAGGCAUCGACGCCGUGGUUAGUGCCUUGAACGGCCCAGUCCUCGAAGCACAAAUCCCCAUUCAAGACGGCGCCGCAGAUGCAGGAGUCAAACGCUUCAUCCCCUCAGAGUUCGGAAUGCAUACCAUCUACCGCAGACCCAAUGAUGACAAAGGAUACCUUCACCCACUCUGGGACGCCAAAGAAAAGUUGAACGAACGUGCCGUUCGCCACUCAGCUAUCAACGAAGGCAAAAUGACUUAUACCAUGAUCGGCUGUGGCGAUUUCUACGACCAAGAGCGUGAAAACGUCUGGUGCCCAUGGACGCAGAAGGAUGUUGACGAAUACACUCUUCACGUUAUCGGUGACCCCGACGCCCCUGCCGACUGGACCAACAUCGAAGACUUCGGCCUCUACAUCACCGCCUGCCUCCUCGAACCCGAGAAAACAGCAAACGCCUACCUAAACUUCUCCUCCGACACAAAAUCCCAACGCGAGAUUGCCGAUCUGCUCAAAAAGCACACCAAUAAACCUGUCAAACUGGAAGUCAUCAGUUUAGACGUCUUGCACGAGGUCUGGGAUGACCCUGAAAAGGCGCCAGAGGAACUCAAGAAUAAAAGCGCUUUCCCUGUUGAUUUCUGGAUGACGGUAAAGGGUUUGCAGGGGAGUGGGCGUAUGUUCCGCCCCAAAGGUCAAAAUCACAAUAACAUGUUCCCGGAUAUCGAAGAUACGACUUUUGACAAGUAUCUGAAGCAGCGCUUCCAGAAAUAG